GCCGUUCAGUUUGCGCUAUCUGAAAUGGAGGGGGAAUAAGAGUCUCGGGUCUGUGGUGAUGUCGGCGAGGCUGGGCAGGAUCACAGGGCAGGUGCUGCCUCUGCUCUCAGCGGCUGUCCUUCAGCAACGCCGCAGGGAACAGGAGACGCAGAAACCGGCGAAGGCUUGGAGAGAUGUGGACCCUUAUUGGAAUGUGACUGUUAAGGUUCUGCGUGCCAAGAAUAUUCCCAAGCAUGACACCUUGUCAGAGUCGGACUGCUACGUCAGCCUGCGUCUCCCCACCGCCUCCUCCAGAACCUACCACACACAGACUGUGCCCAACUCCCGCAACCCGGAGUGGAACGAGACGUUCCAAUUCCGUGUGCACAGUCAUGUGAAGAACAUUCUGGAACUGAAUGUCCUUGAUAAAGACUUGCUGACCUCUGAUGACCUCUGUGCCACGGUGCUGUUUGACUUCAAUAACCUGUGCCCAGGAAAGAAGGAAAGGAAGGUGUUCACCUUGGACCCUGAGGAAAAGGACGAGCUGUGGGUGGAAUUCCAAAUGGAGGAGAGUGAAGACCCGCCAGGAGAGUACAUCACUAAUGGAGUCCUGGUGGCUGGGCCAUUUUCUCUCCUGGAGGUGAAAGUGGAGGAGUCCUCAAAGGAAAAUGAGAGACAAGACCUGGUUCUGAAACUGAAUGGCGCAUACGAGGAGGAGCAGGUGGUGCUGGGCUCUCACCUGCCAGCCAGUGUGGAGCAGCCAAUCCAGUUCCACAUCAACAGGGACCUGGAGACGGAGCUAGAGGUCCACCGCCUUACAGAGAAGAAUGAAGAAGAUACCCGGAAAAGUGAAGAUGAAGCUGGAGGAGAGACGCAGGAAGUCCCGGACAGAACCACAGUCCCUCUGAAGUCACUUCCUCUUAAUCAUGAAGUAACACUGUCUGUGCCAGUAGGGAAGGAUGAAAUUGAUCUUCAGCUGAAGGCUAAGGACUGCUCUGACGCCCUGGAUGUGCGUUUGGGGUUUGAUAUCCCUAAGGAGGAGAAGGCAUUUUUGGAGAAGAGGAAAGAUCUGGUGUCCCGUACUCUUCAGAAAGCUCUGCUUCUCCCCUCUGCACCAGAGUCCCAUCAGGUGCCUGUGGUGGCGGUGGUGGGUUCGGGGGGUGGAACCAGGGCAAUGACAGCCCUCUACGGGAGUCUGAAGGGACUCCAGACCCUUGGCCUGCUGGACGCAGUCAGCUACAUCACGGGCGUGUCUGGCUCUACAUGGACGAUGUCCAACCUGUACGCAGAUUCGGACUGGUCACAGAGAGACAUGGAGGCUCCGCUGUCUUCAGUGAGGUCAGAGAUCAGCAAAAGCCUGUCUGGGAUCCUCUCCCCCGGCCAGCUGAAAUACUACAUCCAGGAACUGCAGAAGAAAGCGUGGGGUGGCCAGCUUGUGUCCUUCAUUGACGUGUUUGGUCUCAUGAUUGAGCACCUCAUCCACGGCAAGACUAAUUGCAGCACCCUUUCCAGCCAGCAGAGGGCAGUAGCAGAAGGACAAAACCCCUAUCCCAUCUACACAGCUGUAAACGUGAAGGAUGGUAUCAAUGGCAGCACAGCUGUUGCUGAGUGGUGUGAAUUUACCCCCUAUGAGGUUGGCAUCCCUAAGUAUGGUGCCUUUGUGAGGACAGAGGAUUUUGGGAGUGAGUUUUACAUGGGUCAUCUGAUCAAGAAACACCCAGAAAUGCGCAUCUCUUUUCUGCUCGGGAUGUGGAGCAGCGUGCUCUCCUUUAACCUGACACAGGUGGUGAGGACUCUCACUGGCUCUGUGCCCACCUGGAUAUCAGGGCUUGGUGAGGACAUUCAUGACACAGACGAGAGCGACGCCCACGGCCACCCACCAUCAGCACUGCACACCUACUUUAUCGAGCCCGUGGGCAACCUCACUGAGAUGCUGGAAAACCUCCUAACUGACCGACCAAUCAUCAGCCAGACUUAUAACUUCCUGCGUGGGUUCAGUCUGCACUGGAACUACAGUGAGAGCAAUGGCUUCCUGACAUGGAAAGAUACACACGUGGACGCCUUUCCGAACAGCCUGACGCCCUCAGACUCUAAACUCAAACUUGUGGACUCUGGGUUUGCCAUUAAUGUGGGAUUCCCUCCCUUAAUGAGGCCACAAAGAAAUGUGGACCUCAUCUUGUCCUUCAACUACUCAUGGCAAGAUGACCAGUUCAAGGUCCUGAAGCACACAGCCCAAUACUGUGCUGAUCACCGCCUGCCCUUCCCCAACAUUGACUUCAGCUCCCUGGAGGGGAAACCCCUGCAGGAAUGCUACCUCUUUAGAGAUGAGGACAAUCCCAGCGCUCCCAUAGUGCUUCACUUCCCCCUCAUCAACGCCUCCUUCCGAGAGUUCCGAGCCCCUGGUGUGAGGCGUGUGGGAGAGGUGGAGCUAACAGAGGGGCAGGUGGACGUCAGCAGCAGCGGCUCCCCCUACAGGACUUACCAUUUUACAUACACCCCAGAGGAGUUCCAGCGACUGGUGGCUCUCACUUCCUACAAUGUGGUCAACAACAAGGAGACCAUUCUUCGGGCUCUACAGCUGUCUCUGAAUAGACACAACCCUACCGAAAAAAUGACCCAGCCCUCCCAAAUGCCAUCGGAAUCACCGUCCUGCUGCAAGAAAAGAAUGAAAUAAAGUUUUAAGAGUAAGAUAUAGUGGUAAGACUUUACACCUCACUGUCAAACCAUUUUGAUGUCAAGACUCAAACUCACAACUUCUUUCACAAGAUGAAGGUUUUCUGUCACUAUAUUACAUUACAUCCAUUUAAAACACUCUUAUCCAGAGUGACUUACAUCACAAAAGAACAGAAGUGUAUCCAUUCAAGUUGAAUGAGCGGCAGUGUCAGACUAGACAAGGGCUGUCAGUUAUUCCAGGAGCCAAUCACCACAGCCUCACAUCGCCACUGAAGUAUUUCUCCAUUGUCCUCAGCCAUCUUCAGCUCAUUAUUAUGAGGCAUUUGAAAAGAAUGAGAGCAAAAGUUUUGUCUCACUAUUUAUUUCAAAUAUUUAUACAUAAUGAUAAUUAAGGCACAAAAUGUAAGCACACAUAGCUGUUUAUUUAAAACCUUUACCUAACAUAGCUGUUGCCUGAUGUUUUUGUUUUGGCUUCUGCAAAAGGUCCCUUUAAAUAAACAUUUUUUCAUCUGUACCUAUGUGUACUCACUUUUAACCCUGCAAAAAACUUUCAUUAUAUUAAUUAUAGAUUAUGUAAAUCAUGACUGCGCCCACAGUUCUAACAAUUUUCUUUGAAGGAUGAAAAAUUUUAAACUUUUUACACAAUUUUUUCAGUAAUCACACCAUGGGAGUAG